AUGCUGAGCAAGUGCUCUGUCACUGAUCCAAAUGACCCAAAUGUCGGCUUGCACCUGAGACUGCCAGAAUUAUAUGUAUUGGUUGAGAAUUUUAAUGAGGAGAAGAAAUCAAAUCUCCUAAAAAUUCAUGGCAUUUCACAUAAGGAAGCACAGAAACUACUUACUAAAAACCUGAAUGUCAUGUCAUUCAUCAGUGGAACUGGGACCAAAAGAGAAGAUCCUCAACCUGUUUUCACAUGUAAUGUGGUUAAAAAGGAGGAGAUGCCGGAAUCCAUGGCUGAUAUCCUCCACCACAGCCUGCUGCUGAAUGCUGCCUCCCCAGUGGAACGGUUCUCCAGGUCCCAGCAGAGACUGAGCCAGAGCGGGAUCCCUCCUCCCAAGCACACUUUUCCUUAUGACAUUAUCACCGAUGACCACAGUGCUGUGUCUUGGAGUACCUUUUGGAAAAAGAUUCAGGCCACCAGAAUACUAAGCAGGUCCCACAGCUCCACUCCCAGACCACAGCCAGUGAUCCUUGAAGAUAAAGUUCCCAGAUACUUCUUAGCGGAUCCAGAAAAACAGUUCCUGGAUCUAAAGGAUCUGGAAUGGAGAUAUUUUAAGGGGCUUGUGAAAUGGAAGCAUACUAUUGCAAUUUCAUUCAUGGACAUAAAGUAUGAUACUGAGAAGAGAUUUGUAGAAAGCCAGGGCAUGCCUGGUGCUAUUUUUCCUCCUCUAGUUCAUAAGUCUUUGGUUGUUUAUCCUCAGGUUGAUUAUCAAAAAGAAAGAACUUCCUGUUUUAAAUGGGAUGUGUAG